ACGUGAUUGUGCUACUUAUGCAUCACAAAUUCAAGCAUUAAUGCCACAAAAAAAAUUUGAUACCAUGGCGUUUAUAUUAAAGAAAUUUUUCAUUUUUAUGCAAAUGUCGCAUGCGUUUACACCAUCUGGUGUGAAAAUUCUCGACGAAAUUACAUCUUUGGUCUUAUCAUUAUGUGGAUAA